UACACUCACGUAGCCGGCUGGUGAGACGUCAAAGUCAAUAAGUACAACAAUUUCGUAGGCAGUUGUGUUUUUCCUCCCCCACGCGGGCCAAUACAAAAUACAAUCGGGCGGAUCAGACAGACGACGACAUCGAAAUCGGAACGUGGCUACAGCAACCAGUCAUGUUGAUCCAAGUGGUUAUUUUGAGUGUACUGGUGUGGUUCUUCUCCUUCUGGCUGCAGUGCCGCUACCUGGAGAUCCUGGAGCUGCUCUUCGCCUGGAUAGCCGAGCAGUUGGCCGUCACCCGCAGGAGGCGGGCUCGCGAGGAGCGUCACCUCCUGGGCCAGGGGCUCAGGGAUCAGGAUGGUGAAAGCGACACUGAUGCCGAUGGAGAUACCGAUAGCCAGAAGCAGGAGAAGGGCGGUGGCGCGGAGAUGGUGCUCUCGCCGCCCAUCAAGAACCGCCUGAACAUCCGGGUGGAGCAGUGCUGCGACCUGAUAGCCGCCGGAUUGGGCCUGGUCCUGGAGGACGACGUGACCCAGCGGUUCGUGGCCGCCCUCUCGCCGGCCGGCGAGUGGAAUCUCCUGACCAGGAAUCUCCGCCAGCGGAAGCGCUACCUCAACUGGCGUCUGCGGAUCGUCUGGCUGCUGGGCUGGCUGACCCGCUACGGCAUCCUGCUGCCCCUGAGGACAUCGGCCUGCUGGCUGUGCCUGUUCAUGAUAAGCGCCAUCACGGUGCUGCUGAGCCACCUCCCCGAUUGGCACUUCAAGAGGCAGCUGGUGGAGCUGGUCCUGCGGCAGUGCUUCAGGAUCACCGCCAGCUGCCUGCCGAUGAUCCGGCGGUUUCACAACACCGAACACCGACCCACCAAGGGCAUCUGCGUGUGCAACCACACGAGUCCCCUGGACGUCCUGGUCCUCAUGUGCGAUGCCAACUACUCGCUGACCGGCCAGGUGCACACCGGCAUCCUGGGAAUCCUGCAGCGAGCCCUCUCGCGGGUCUCCCACCACAUGUGGUUCGACCGCAAGGAGCUGGCCGACCGCGAGGCCCUGGGCCUCGUCCUCCGGCUGCACUGCUCCUCCAAGGGCCGCCCGCCCGUCCUGCUCUUCCCCGAGGGCACCUGCAUCAACAACACCGCCGUGAUGCAGUUCAAGAAGGGCAGCUUCGCCGUCAGCGACGUCGUCCACCCGGUGGCCAUCCGCUACGACCGCCGCUUCGGUGAGGCCUUCUGGGACAGCACGCGCCACUCGAUGCUCCGCUACAUGAUGAUGGUGGUCAGCUCCUGGUGCAUCUGCUGCGAUGUCUGGUACAUGGCGCCCCUCACCCGGCGCGUCGACGAGUCGCCCGUGGAGUUCUCGAACCGCGUGAAGGCCGCCAUCGCCGCGCAGGCGAACAUCGACGAUCUGCCGUGGGAUGGCAACCUCAAGCGCUGGAGUCCGGUGAGGGACUGGCAGUAGUACAUCCAGCACCUGGGAUCCCUGGUCCCGAAUGGCUGAUCCCAAUCACCCGUCCCGUGAGAAAUUCCUGGCAAUCACUAACCAAUUUAUCAACAGACACCUGAGUAUAUUGCGUAUUCGUUUUAUAAUGAUCUAUUACCAAGAAAGCAAAACAGUAAACAAAUCAAUAAAAGGGGGCAACAAAAAGAA